AUGAGAAGUUUAGUGCUUGUGUGUCUUUUGUGCUUAGCCUGGACUGGCUUUGGGUUGAGACAGGAUAGUGACUGGCAGAGUGGAGGAUUGAGUGUGGAAGCAGGAGAGGAAGACAUAUCGAAAGAGCGUGAAAUACUUGUAUUCACAGACAUCCAUAUCGAUUAUGUGUACAACUUAGCCGAAGAUACAUUAAAAUCUAACAGUGUUCUCAAAGGAAGGUUCGGGUAUCCAGACUGCAACAAAGAUCCUGAAGCCCAAAGCAUUUACAUCGGAGAUUAUGGUUGAAAUCCCACAGAGAAAUUGGCAGAAAUGCUCAUCCACCAAAUGAUCAGAGAGGCUAAGAAAAGAGACGUCUCUGCUGUCUUGUUUUUGGGCGAUAUGACCCCUCACUUGACUACUCUUCAUACAAAUAUGGAUGUUAGUAGCACUGACAAACUUGAGUGCUAUAGGAAUUUGAAGAGAUUCUUACAUGAUGUGACUGCUAAAUAUCUUAGAAAUUUUAAGAAUAAAUCAGGCCAGAGAGUCCCUGUUUAUAUGAACUUCGGCAACCAUGACGUCUUGAUUAAUUACGAAACCCCAGAUUCACAGAGUUUUAUCGAGAAUGGGUUCUAUGAAUUUAUAGAUGAUCUUUAUCUUAGAUCUGAGGACGGCUUAAGUAUGGGAAAAUUUGACAAAGAUAGAAGUUUAUUUGAGUCAAUAGGGUGCUAUAUUGCCAAAGAUAUCUUGAAUAUCAGCAAAGAUUCAAAGGAAUAUUUAUCCCUCAUGAGCUUGAACAGCUUAUACUUCUCAGCUAAAGGAGAGACUUCCAAGUCAAACGAGGCUGAGUUUGUCUUUAGAUGGAUUGAAGAUGUUCUGAGUAAUUCGCCUCAUAAGGAAAAGUUCAUAAUCACAUUUCACAUUCCUGCAGGAGUUAUUGUCCAUCACUCAGCCACUUUUGAAUGGAAGGAUGAAUGUAAUGAGAGACUUAAAGGAAUAUUCCAAAAGUAUUCUGAUAAAAUAGUGAUGACUCUUUCAGGCCAUUUGCAUUACUUUAAGUCAAACUUGCCAUUAUAUUUUUCAGAUAAGACAAAGGAACAAGUUUUGAGCUUUAAUUUCGGGGCAAUGUCUCCUGUCUUGAAGAACAAUCCUCUUUAUUAUUUCGUUAAGUUUGGAUAUGAAGCAAACAAAGUUACUUUGAAUGAUAUUUUAGUGGAAGAAUUUGACCUUCAUGAGCUGAUGACAAGAGAAAGAAGUUACCUCUAUGAUAUCCUGGGAGACCUUGGGAAAGUUCCUGAGUCAGGGACUCCAAUAACUAAAGAAGUAUGGACUGAUUUCCUCUCAAAAGCUAUGAAUGUUUUCCUUGGAGAAUGAGCCACCACACCUUGUGAUCAUCAAUGGUUGCUCAAAUAUAUCCUAUUCACUGUAGGAUUUGACUUAGACGCAGACAAGGUUGCAGACAUCCCUCCUGUUCUAAACAGAUGGAACUUUACUAUGGAUGACCUUUACCAAGACAUGGGCUACAAUACAGCUCUGUAUUGCUCUUAUACCACCUUGGUCAAGGAGGACUUUAAGAAAUGCGCUGGCAAAAAUGAAUAAAAACAGUUAAAAAUA